AUGGAUCUAUCUCUGUACUGCCAGAGCAACCUUCUCUAUACACAGGAGUCAUUGUCAAAAUAUCAACCUGGAGGAUACCAUCCAGUCAACCUCGGAGAUACAUUUGAAAAUGAUCGUUACAAGAUACAUCACAAGCUAGGAUGGGGUGGCUUUUCCACAGUAUGGCUUGCUAAAGACAGAGAGCGAAAUCAAUGGGUCUCGUUGAAAAUCAUGACCGCAAAUUCGUCGAUAUCGCGAGAGCUGCAAAAUUUGAAAAUUCUAGAGAGGCAAUCUCGGAGCGGGCUUUCUUCAAACUAUGUUGUCCAGCUGCUUGAUGCCUUCACACACAAAGGCCCCAACGGGGCACACCAAUGCCUUGUUUUUGAAUUACUUGGUCCUUCGGUUGAUAAGGUCCUCUCCGACUACCAUGAGGCUCACGACAAACUCCACCCGGAAACUGUGCUCCGAAUUUCUACGCAGCUUUUGAAAGCUGUCAAAUUCAUCCACAGUGCCGGCAUGUGCCAUGGAGAUAUCAGUGGUCGAAACAUUGCAUUUACUUGCACUCAGUUGUCCAAACAAACUGAGGAGCAGCUUUUUGAUGUUCUUGGAUUCCCGGAAAUCGAGCCGCUGAAACGGGUUGAUAGCACGCCUCUAGGCAAUGAAUUGCCGGCCCAACUGAUCAAGGCAGCAGAAUGGACUGAGUGGAUAGACGAGGAUGAUGAAGAUAUUCGGCUCCUCGAUUUUGGAGAAAGCUUUUAUCAAGGACAGGAACCUCAGAAGCUGGCCCAGCCAGCUUCAUUGAGGGUACCGGAGACGAUUUUCACCGACUGCUUUGAUUAUCGCGUCGAUUUAUGGCGCACAGGUUGUAUGAUGAUUGGCUUUGUGGAGGGGUUGCCAGCUGAAUGGAAGUCCAAGUGGGAAUCGAUGCUGACAAGUUCUAGCCAUAAUCUGGAGCUAGAAGAAGAUUACGGAACCUCGAAGCUUGAACGGAAGUUUGCUAGUUUGGUGCCCAAUCCAACACUCAAACCUCUACUUCAUGUGAUCCAAGGAUCGAUGCGAUUUUUACCGUCUAGUCGCCUUACUGCAGAAGAGGCACUCGAUUUGCUGGGUAACGCUCAAGAUUAA